AUGUCACUGGCGAUGGCUGCCAAACCAAAGACCAAAACCGAAGAGGAAGCCGAUUUACUCUCACCUUCAUCUCCUCUACCGACAUCGACCCCAUUAGAAAAAUCAAGCGUUGUUUUAGAAGGACCAAUGUACGAACCUUUCAAUGUUAUCACAAUUGAGAACAUAUCGUCACAAGAUACCGAUCCAUAUGAAAAGAUUAAAUCGACCUACUAUCGUUAUGGUAUCACUGCUGGCAGACAAAUUUAUGAAAGAUUCGGUAAACACCUAACAGUUGAACAAAACAAAGAAAUAUGUUGGAUGUUAGGUCAAAAUAAUUUAGCACAAACUUUAGCAUAG